ACAAAAAAUAUGAGUAAUAAUGAUUGUUUACAUGAUCAGGAAUUACAAGGGAAAAUGGCUAAUGAUCCUUACUGUGACCAUGUUCUUCACGAGCAUGGUAAUUCGCGUCGUGUAUGGGUUCCUGGUCCGGUUAUCGUUGGUGCUGGACCGUCUGGCCUUGCUGUGGCUGCCUGUUUGAAAGAUAAAGGGGUGCCAAGUAUCGUUUUAGAACGGUCGAAUUGUAUAGCUUCGUUGUGGCAAUACAAGACGUAUGACCGGCUAAGGUUACACCUUCCUAAAAAAUUCUGUGAACUUCCUAUGAUGCCGUUUCCGGAUGAUUUUCCAACCUAUCCAUCAAAACAGCAGUUUGUAGAGUAUCUGGAGAAUUACGCUAAACGGUUCAGGAUAAAGCCGGUAUUCGAGCAAGAGGUGGAGAGUGCGAGGUACGAUGAGAGCAUAGGGAUGUGGAGAGUGAAGAGUGUAGGGCUGAAAGGGGGAGAGGUGAUGGAGUACGUAUGCCGGUGGCUGGUGGUGGCGACGGGAGAGAAUGCGGAGGCGGUGGUGCCGGAGAUAAAAGGGAUGGAGAGGUUUAGUGGGGAGGUGCAACACACGUCCGAGUAUAAAAGCGGGAGUGAGUUUAAAGGGAAGAAAGUGUUGGUGGUUGGGUGUGGAAAUUCAGGAAUGGAAGUUUCUUUGGAUCUUUGUAAUCACAAUGCUCUUCCUUCUCUUGUUGUUAGAAAUGCGGUCCAUGUCCUACCACGAGAGAUGCUGGGAAGAUCGACUUUUGGGUUGUCCAUGUGGUUACUCAAGUGGCUACACAUAAGACUCGUUGAUUGUUUUCUAUUGAUCAUGUCGUGGCUGAUUUUCGGUAACACGGCUAGUUUUGGACUUGAUCGACCUAACGUAGGACCCCUCGAGCUAAAAGGCAAGACCGGGAAAACGCCGGUUUUGGAUGUUGGAACCCUAGCUAAGAUCAAAAGUGGAGACAUCAAGAUACAUCCAAGUAUUCAAAGCGUGGGACAACACUGUGUACAAUUUGUGAAUGGAAGAGUAGAGAAUUUUGAUGCCAUCAUUUUAGCUACAGGAUACAAAAGCAAUACGCCCUCUUGGCUAAAGGAAAAAUCAAUGUUCUCAGAAAAGGACGGGAUGCCUCGUAAACCAUUUCCUCAAGGUUGGAAAGGCGAAUGUGGGCUAUAUGCGGUGGGGUUCACUAGACGUGGAUUGUUAGGUUCAUCCAUGGAUGCUAAACGAGUAUCAGAAGACAUAGAAAAGCUUUGGAAAGCCGAAGCCAAGCAUCUUGGCAUGACCAUUAUUGGACGAUCAUUCACUCUCCAACCGUAGCCUUAGAUUUUUCCCUUUUCCUCCAAUAACUUACUAAGCACUUCUACAGAUUUCAUUCAACUUACCAAAGAUUUUGACACUAAGAUCAAUCAAGUUGUCCAUAUCCAAUUGUAGAAAAUUUAGAAGAAAUCGGGGUGGACCGGACCUACUUCUAGCAACCAAUUAGCUAGGGUGUUUAUAUUUCUUGACUUGAAGAGAAGACCUCUAUAUCUUUGAUCUAGCCUUAGGGUAGUGUAUUUUAUUCAUCAUGUACAUUGCCAGGUUAAGUUAAUUAUUCUAGGGUGGUAUUUUUUUUUUCUUAUAUACUUUUUAAUUUUAGUUUUUUACAUUUGUUUAGAGCUAGCUUCAUUAACUCUAGUUUACAUGUAAUAUUGAUUAAUUUUGAUUGAGAGUUGGUAUUGAA